CAAGCAUUUACUAGUACUAGUAUAUGUUCCAUUUGAAGUGAAUGUUUACUUUUUCAUACCAUAAAAAAUGUUACUGACUCAAGUAGUUGCUGGAAAAGUUUAAGUUAUGCAAAUGAGUAAUUUUCUCUUGUUGUUGUUUGCAGUGUUGGUGAUUAUAUGUGGAUGUGAUGCAAGGAGCACGAUCGAUGGAGGGAGUGAGUUAAUAGACAACGGGGAAACACUGGUAUCUGCUGGAAAAAAAUUCGAAAUGGGAUUCUUUUGUGAUGAUGCCGGGUUAAACUGGUAUGUAGGCAUAUGGUAUAACAAGAAAGGUCCUCGAACUGUUGUAUGGGUUGCUAAUUGGAAUGAUUCGAUUCAGAAUUCAACAAAAAAUAAGGAGAAUGUUUCCAUGGUCGUUGAAGAUGGUAAGCUCAAAGUUUUGAAUAUUAGUGGACACAUUUAUUUCUCCUCAGAAGUAGAUGGUAACUCUGGCGUUAAAGCAGAGUUGUUGGAUACAGGGAAUUUGGUUUUAUUUGAUGAAUCAGGAACUAAAAUGUGGCAGAGUUUUCGGAAUCCAACCGAUACAUUUCUACCAGGCAUGAAAAUGGAUAGUAAUUUGAAGUUGAUUGAUUCAAAAAAUGGCAACUACAAAUUCCAAUUAGAUCAAACAAACAACAAAAAAUAUGUCAUAGUUGAUGAGAAUGGAAUGCAUAAAAUUCACUGGCAAGGGUCUGUAGGAGGGUUUGCGAAAUCAACUGCUUAUGAAUUCUUCAGAUUCAAUGAUAUGCCCUCUUUUGUAACCUUCUUUUUAUCCAAUAAUUCAGUUGAAGCGAGAAGAACAUUAUUCAAUAAUUCAGUGGAAGCGACAAGAACAUUAUUCAAUAAUAAUCGUAGUUUUACUCCGAUUGAUUUUUCAAGGUUAGCCAAUCAUAGUAGCAAAGAUUCUAUUUUCGAAGGUACUAGACUCCUGAUGAACUCCUCUGGAGAAAUACAAUUCUACUUAUGGGAUAACCAGAGUGGAUGGUCCUUGUUAUGGUCUGCCCCAAAAGAUGAAUGCGACGAGUUUAGAAAAUGUGGGACAUUUGAGAUUUGUAACAGCAAUGGAAGUUCAGUGUGCAGCUGUUUGCCUGGGUUUCAGAGUGAUCCUCCAGAAGAUAAUGGAGACGGGGAAUAUUCAGGUGGAUGUUCGAGAAUAUCAGAUAACUCAUGCAAAGAAGAUACAUUUGUGCAUCUGAGCUCAAUGAAAUUUGGAAAUUCAAAUUGGACAGAUAAAAAGAUUAAUACCAGUGAGAACUGCAUGAGUCAUUGUUUAAGCAGCUGCUCAUGCAAAGCAUAUACAUAUUAUAACAAUUCUGGAUGCUGGUUUUGGGGGUCGAAUCUCAAUAAUCUCCAGGAGAACUACCCUGGUGGCUUCAACCUCUCUGUCCGCGUGCCCCCUACAGAGGCGUAUGUAUGUGAAGGGGAGGGGAAUGAACUUGAAAGUCGUGGAAAUGCCGGAGAUUCAUUUACAAGAGAUGGUUUUAGGUGUUGGAACAAAGCUUUAGAAAGAUUCAAAAAACAUGUUGGUAAGGUAAAUAGUAUCCAUCAUAAAUGUUUCAAUAGGAUGCAAGAUUUGAAAAACCACCGACAAUUGAUCCAAUCUUCUUUUGACAAGCAAAGUGAAAAGGCAAGAAGUGAUUAUCGGAUGCGUUUAAAUGCCUCAAUUGAUGUAGCAAGAUUUCUCUUGACAUCGGGAUUUCCAUUUCGUGGACAUGAUGAAAGUGAAGGUUCCGAAUAUAAGGGUGCUUUUCUUGAACUUUUGAAAUGGUAUGGGGAUAGAAGUUUUGAUGUGGGAAGAGUAAUAUUAGGUAAUGCUCCACAAAAUGAUAUGAUGAUUUGUCCGACAAUUCAAAAAGAUAUUGUGGAGGCUUGUGCUAAAGAAAUAACUAAGGCUAUCAUUGAAGACUUGGACGGUGAUUAUUUUGGAAUAUUAGUUGAUGAAUCAAAGGAUGUUUCUCAUAAGGAGCAAAUGGCUCUAAUUUUGAGAUAUGUCAACAAAAGUGGAAUGGUGAUAGAGCGAUUCUUGGGUAUUGUCCACGUAAAUGAUACAUCUUCUCAAUCAUUAAAAAAGGCAAUUUAUUCUUUGCUUUUGGAUCACUCAUUAUGUACAUCCAAAAUACGUGGUCAAGGUUAUGAUGGGGCUAGUAAUAUGCAAGGGGAAAUAAAUGGUCUCAAGUCUUUGAUUUUACAAGAUACGUCAUCUGCAUAUUCUAUUCACUGUUUUGCUCACCAAUUGCAAUUGGCACUUGUAGGUCUUUCCAAAAAGAAUUCGGAUGUGGAUAAUUUUUUUUAUGUUCUCACUAAUAUUUUGAAUACUAUUGGAGCUUCAUUUAAACGCAGAGAUUCACUUCGACAACAUCAAGAAGAUAAGUUGGAAGAGUUGCUUAAAUUUGGAGAAGUUCAUACAGGGCAAGGUUUGAAUCAAGAACGUGGCCUCCAACGACCGGGUGAUACUCGUUGGGGGUCUCAUUUUAAAACCUUGGACAAUUUCCUGAUUCUUUUUUCUUCAAUUGUUAAUGUGCUUAAGGAUAUGAAACGUGAUUGUCCAUAUCAUCUUGAUAGAUUUACGGCGGAAAAUCUUUUGAGCAAGAUUCAUGAAUUUGAAUUUGUCUUUAUGUUGCACUUGAUGUUUAAGGUGUUGCUAUUGACGAAUGAGUUGAAUAAAGUUUUACAAAAGAAAGAUCAAGAUAUUGUUAAUGCUAUGGGAUUGCUUGACCUUUCAAAGAAACGAUUGCAAAUGAUGAGAGAGGAUGAAUGGGACUCUAUGAUGGAUGAGGUUAGCUUAUUUUGUGGUAAACAUGGAAUUUCAAUUCCCAAAAUGAAUGAAGACUACUCUAAUGGGAAGUCGAAGCGUAAGAGGUCCAAUAUUUCAUAUUUGCAUCACUUUCGUGUGGAAGUAUUUUAUGCCGUCAUUGAUUUGGCACUUCAAGAACUCAAUAAUCGUUUUGAUGUGGUGACUAGUGACUUGCUCCUCGGUAUGGCUAGUUUGAGUCCGGUUGAUUCAUUUGCUAAUUUUCACAAGGAUAGGAUAAUGAAACUAGCCGAGUACUACCCAAGUGAGUUUGGUGAUAAAGAGCUUCGGGAACUCAAUUUUCAACUUGAUGAUUUUAUUGUCUAUGCUCAAAAGUGUGAUAGCAAGUUUCUCAACUUGAAGGGAAUCAAGGAUCUUGCAAAAGUGAUGAUAGAGACAAAACUAGAUCAAACUUGGUCACUUGUGUAUCUACUUGUGAAGCUAACUUUGAUUAUUCCUGUUGCUACCGCAAGCGUGGAAAGAGCAUUCUCAUCAAUGAAGUACAUAAAGAAUGAUUUGCGUAAUAGGAUGGAUGAAGAUCUUUUGAAUGGUUGUUUAGUUUGCUAUAUAGAGCGUAGUAUAUUUAAAAAUGUAAGUAAUGAUGCCAUUAUUGACCGUUUUCAAAAUAUGAAAACUCGUCGAGGACAAUUAUUGUUACUACCUACUUGCUCGUCAACUUGUUCUCACCGUAAAAUUUAUAUAAUUGAAUUAAUUGCCUAUUUUGAAGAUAAUGGUGCCCCCAUGUUCUUGAGAUCCUGGAUACGCCUCUGGCCCCCUAUUGAUGUUAGACCACAAGAACCAUUGAACAAUACACCGAUGCAGAUAUCCUCACGGAAUCAGCAACCCCUAGUUAUUUCCAUCUCUGUAAUUCUUGGAGUUAUGGUUCUGUGUGGUAUUAUUUAUAUAAUUUAUCUGAAAAGAUCGGCAAGAAGUAAAGAAGCCAGAGAUAUUGUUUUGGGAAUGCCUAUGGAGUACUUGCCUCAUAGAGAUAGUUUUGAUGAAGAUUUAAUCACUGAAGAUGAUAAGAAACGGAUUGAUGUCCCGUUUUUCAGCUUGAAUAGCAUACUAGUUGCUACUGAAAACUUCUCAAAUGCAAGUAAGCUCGGGAGAGGUGGAUUUGGACCUGUUUAUAAGGGUAAGUUUCUCGGAGGUACAGAUAUGGCAGUUAAAAGGUUGUCAAGUAAUUCUGGACAAGGUGUUGAAGAAUUUAAAACUGAAGUAAUGUUGAUUGCCAAACUGCAGCACAGAAAUUUAGUUAGGCUUCUAGGCUAUUGUGUUGAGAGAAAUGAAAAGAUUUUGUUAUAUGAAUAUAUGCCCAACAAAAGCUUGGAUACGUUUCUAUUCGAUCAUGCAUUCUGUCGAUUACUGGACUGGAGGAUUCGUUUUGAAAUUAUAUUGGGUAUUGCUCGAGGGCUACUUUAUCUUCACCAAGACUCGAGGCUAAGGAUCAUUCAUAGAGAUCUAAAGACGAGCAACAUAUUGUUAGAUGAAGAAAUGAAUGCCAAAAUAUCAGAUUUUGGCUUGGCAAGGAUUGUUGAAGGCAAAAAUACAGAAGCCAAUACUAACAAAGUCGUUGGAACAUAUGGCUAUAUGUCUCCGGAAUAUGCAUUGGAGGGACUCUUUUCAAUCAAGUCUGAUGUAUUUGCCUUCGGAGUAGUCCUACUCGAGAUCGUAAGUGGGAGGAGAAACAUGGAAUUUUUCGAAGAUGUAAACCUCAUUGGUCAUGUAUGGAGACUGUGGAUGAAAGACAGUGCAUUAGACAUGAUGGAUCAAACCAUAGUUGAGUCGUGCGAUGAAAGUGAAGUGCUAAAGUGCGUUAAUGUGGCACUCCUAUGUGUUCAAGAAGAUCCAGCUGAGCGUCCUGUAAUGUCAAAUGUUGUUUUUAUGCUUGGAGGUGAAAGCAUAACACUACCAAGACCAAAUCAACCAGCUUUUAUAGCACGAAGAAAUAGUGCUGGUGCAAGUACAUCUUCUUCGUCUUCUAAGCUAUACAACACUUCCAACAAUGGGUUGACAAUAACUCAACGAGUAGGCCGAUAUGUUCUUCAUUCAAAUCAUCAACAAUUCCAUAAAACAAUGCAAUUAAGUAAUUUUCUGUUGUUGUUGUUGUCUGCAGCAUUGAUGAUUUUACAUCGAUGUGAUGCAAGGAGGAGCACCAUUGAUGGAAGCAGUAAAUUAGUUGACAAUGGCGAAACCCUCGUAUCUGCUGGAGAAAAUUUCGAAAUGGGAUUCUUUUCUGAUGAUGCCGGGUUAAACAAAUAUGUAGGCAUAUGGUAUUACAAAUUAAGUCCUAGAACUGUUGUAUGGGUUGCUAAUUGGAAUAAUUCGAUUCAGGGUAAAAGAAUAAUGAAUGAGGAUAAUUCGGUUGUCGUUGAAGAUGGUAAUCUCAAAGUUAUAAGUAAUGGGUAUACUUAUUUCUCCACACAAUUAGGUAGUGGUUCUAACAGGAAAGUAGAGUUGUUGGAUACAGGGAAUUUAGUUUUAGUUGAUGAAGGAGCUGAAAUGUGGCAGAGUUUUCGCAAUCCAACCGAUACAUUCCUACCAGGUAUGAAAAUGGAUAGCAGUUUGAAUUUGACUGAUUCAAAAUAUGAGAACUACAUAUUCCGAUUAGAUCAAGCAAGUGACAAGGAAUAUGUUAUAGUACUUCCAAAGCAGGGCAAAAUUCUCUGGAAAGGGUCUGCGGAAUCAGGAAAGUUAAGUUUCAGUGAGAUGCCUGGUUAUGUUGCCUACUUGUUAUCCAACUCCACUAAUAAUUCAUUGGAAUCGAUAGGAACAUUUAACAAGUAUAGGCUCUUAAUGAACUCCUCGGGGGAAAUACAAUUCUACGGUUGGGAUAAGGAGAUCAGUGGAUGGUCUUUGAGGUGGUCAGCGCCAAAUGAUAAGUGUGAUUGGUAUAAGUAUUGUGGGAAAUUUAGCAUUUGUAACAGCAAACGUGAGCCAGUAUGCAAAUGUUUGCCCGGGUAUAAGCUCAAUCCUCCAGAUAAUUCAAAAGCAGGAGAAUUUUCAGGUGGUUGUUCAAGUAUGUCAGUUAGCUCUUGCAAUGAAGACAAUGUAGAAGUGCUCGACACGUUCUUGGAUUUGAGGUCGAUGAAAUUCAAGAGUCCAGACAGGAUAUUCAGUAAUAAUAGUACCCGUGAGGACUGCAGGAGAAUUUGUCUAGGCAACUGUAAGUGCCAGGCCUAUACUUACCAUGAUUCUGUAUGCCGGAUUUGGGUCACUAGUCUCAUGUAUCUCCAGGAGAACUAUGCUGGUGGCUUCAACAUCUCUGUUCGUGUCAGCAUUUCCGAUAUUGAAGCAACAAGGAGAAAUUGCAAGCCGUGUGGCAUAAACCUAAUACCCUAUCCAUUAAGCAGUGAACCAAAUUGUGGUGACCCUUUGUAUUAUAGUUUCUCAUGUGAUGAUUUAGUUGGUCAGGUAAGCUUCCUCACAUCGAAUGGCAAGUAUACUGUCGUUAACUUUGAUAAAGAUAACAAAACAUUUGUUAUAGAAGCAGCUCAUAAAGAAUCUGUUGGUACUUGUGAUGACAAAGGACCGGUGACAGGAAUUUCUUGGUUCAACCAGUCAUCACCUUUUAAGGUGAUAAACUGGUGUUACAAUCCCACAGAGAAUCUUAAUUCAGGACCUUUUAGUCGAGGGAAAGAUUUAAUAUUGAUUAGUUGGAAACCACCAUUGGAGCCAUUUUGCAAGACUUCAGAAGAUUGCAAUGAUUGGCCAAAUUCUAGUUGCAAUAUGACAAAACAAGGAGAAAGAAGAUGUAUAUGCCAAACUGAUUACAAAUGGAAUGGCUUGAUUUUAAAUUGUUCCUCGAGUUUAGAACUUGGAACACAAGGAUCAUUCAUUGCGAAGCUGGCAUCCUCACGGAAUCAGAGAACCCUUGUUAUUUCCAUCUCUGUAGUUCUUGGAGUUAUAACUUUGUGCAGCAUUAGUUAUAUAAUUUAUCAGAACACUAGAGUGACAAGAAGUAGAGAAGCAAGAGAUAUUGUUUUGGGGAAUCAUAUGGAGCACUUUCCUCGUAGAGAAAGUUUCGGUGAAGAUUUGAUCACUGCAGAUGAAAAGAGACGUAUUGAUGUCCCAUUUUUCAGCUUGAAUAGCAUACUAGUAGCUACAGACAACUUCUCGAAUGCAGCUAAGCUCGGGCAAGGUGGAUUCGGACCUGUUUAUAAGGGUAAGUUUCUCGAAGGUGCAGAGCUAGCGGUGAAAAGGUUGUCAAAUCAUUCGGGACAAGGUGUUGAAGAAUUUAAAACUGAAGUAAUGUUAAUUGCCAAACUGCAGCACAGAAAUUUAGUCAGGCUUCUAGGCUAUUGUGUUGAGGGAAAUGAAAAGAUCUUACUAUAUGAGUAUAUGGCCAACAAAAGCUUGGAUACAUUUAUAUUCGAUCAUACAUUCUGCCGAUUAUUGGACUGGAGGAUUCGUUUUGAAAUUAUAUUGGGUAUCGCACGAGGGCUUCUUUAUCUUCACCAAGACUCGAGGCUAAGGAUUAUUCAUAGAGAUCUUAAGACAAGCAACAUAUUGUUAGAUGAUGAAAUGAAUGCCAAAAUUUCAGAUUUUGGCUUGGCAAGGAUUAUUGAAGGCAAAAGCACAGAAGCUAGUACAACCAGAGUUGUUGGAACUUAUGGCUAUAUGUCACCGGAGUAUGCAUUGGAGGGACUCUUUUCAAUCAAGUCCGAUGUAUUUGCCUUCGGAGUGGUAGUGCUUGAAAUCAUAAGUGGGAAGAGAAACAUGGAAUUUUUCGAAGAAGUAAACCUGACUGGUUAUGCAUGGAGACUGUGGAUGGAAGACAGGGCACUAGACAUGAUGGAUCAAACUAUUGUUGAUAAUUUCGAGGACAAGGAAGUGAUAAAAUGCGUAAAUGUGGCACUUCUAUGUGUUCAAGAAGAUCCAGGUGAUCGUCCUACAAUGUCAAAUGUAGUCGUUAUGCUUGGAGGCGAAAGCAUGACUCUUCCAAGACCAAGUCAGCCACAUUUUAUCACAAGAAGAAAUGCUUUGAGUACAUCUUCUUCCUCUUCUAAGCUCUACAGCACUUUCAACAAAGAGUUGAUGGUAACUCAUGAAGAAGAAGGCCAAUACAUAGAGAUGUAAAUGCACAACGAAUAAGUAAAUAACUCAACAUUAUGUUAAAAUCAUCUAUAUCUUUCCUUUUAAUUCAGUAAUGAAUUUUUCGGUUAAUUUCUUUUGGCAUAGAGAAUAAAUCAUUGUAUCUUCCCUCAAGUGACAACACGUCACUUGAAUUGAAUUCAGAGUUAUAUUCUUUCACUGAUCAA